GUCAGUUUCUCCCAAAUCAAAUAUAUCACCCUGUUUAUUUCCUUAACAGUAUUUAUCAGUAUCUGUCCAGUGUAGUUCCUUGUGGUCAGUACCCUCCAGUAUAUGAGCUCCGUAGUUAAUCUGAAGCUAUUCUGUAGCCUACUGCAACAGAAGUAUUCAGUACUUUUGUUUGUAUGUGUUGUAUGAAUGAAUGGCUGCCUUCAGCCAGUAGGCUUCCAGAAAGCCUAGACUGUAUGGCAUAUAGACCAACCAUACUGCCAUAAGGGCCAUAUCCCUAAUCCUACUGCAGUACCAAUAAUAGUUCAGGUUGACGAAUUUUCAAGGUAUGUGAGGUGACCCAGGAGUUCACUUGAUAUUCAAGAUUCCAACUGACAUGAAUAUUGCUAGCCUCGUCUUCCAUCCUGACUUGUUUUGAGGAAGUAAGACGAGGUAAAGAAUGUCCCUCUUGGUAUCUUUGGUCUGUUUCACGCCAGAUGUUUCCUUGUGCUAAGAGAGCACCUGCCUCGGCAAGGCAGUAAGUAUACAUAGUCACAGUUUCAGAAGGGAGAUUUGAAUCCGGUUAGUAUUGCUCUUUUGUUUCCAACAGGUUAGUAGUCAUGAUUGUUCUUGCCAUGACCCUGCUAAGACCAGCCUCAGCCGCCACCAGUGUCUAGCAAAGACUUGAGAAAUCCCCAAGAGGGCGACGGAGCACUGCGGUGUGUCAGGUCUGAGAUCAUUGCCUCGCCAGCCCUGCGGCAUCCACUGAAGGAAGUUAGAAACUUCUGUCCCUUUGAGACCCAGACCCACUGCGCAUCCUGCACCAGGUGAGGUGACUUCUCCGUCCUGGCUCGCCCGCCGUCACUUGGGUGCACCGAGGUGGGUGACUCGACGCCCGCUCAGCCAAGACACCGACGGGACGUUUUCCACUUCUCUCCCGGGCUUUGGAGGCUUGCAGAACUCACGGCACCAACCAGAUCAACCUGCGAGCGCCAGGAGCUGCUCCGAGAGGAGCCUGCAUCCCGGCGUCCGCAGGGACUCGGAGGACCGGGCCGCUCGGGCCGGCGCCUGCGUCUCUAUGGUGCGGCCGAGGGGCGGAGCGCCGCUGGCUCGCCCGCCGACUGCGAAGCGAGCAGGGGCACUAAGGAUGAAGACAAGAGUAGACUGCUGGCCCCUGAUGGCUUUUACUAUAUGCUGACACAGUUUACGAUGGCCUCCAAAGUUGAAAAGACUCAGGCUUUACAACAGUGUUUUAGCGCAGAGUCUCUCAUUUCCAGCCUUGGUCUGGGGAUCUUUUGCCUAGUAGCUGAUAGACUUCUCCGGUUUUCCGUAAUUCAACAAAAUGAUUGGCUUCGUGCCCUCUCAGAUAACAUAGUACACGGUGUGAUUGGCAUGUGGUCAUGGGCAGUGGUCAUUGGAAUCAAGAAGAAGGCUGACUUUGGAGAAAUUCUUUUAGCUGGAUUUUUAGCCUCUGUUAUUGAUAUUGACCAUUUUUUUCUCGCUCGAUCCCUAUCUUUAAAGGCUGCCUUGACUCUCCCGAGAAGACCUUUCCUCCACUGCUCCACGGUGAUCCCCAUCGCGGUUGUGAGUGUGAAGCUCGCCAUGCACCUCUUCAGGCUCAGAGACUCAUGGUGCUUCCUCCCGUGGAUGCUAUUUAUUUCCUGGACUUCGCACCAUAUCCGAGAUGGAAUUCGUCACGGCCUGUGGAUAUGCCCAUUUGGAAAAACUUCUCCUUUGCCCUUCUGGCUUUAUGUAAUAACCACAUUAUCCUUACCUCAUAUGUGCUCAUUCCUUAUGUAUUUAACAGGGACCAGACAAAUGAUGUCUUCAAAACAUGGGAUGCGUAUUGAUGUCUGAGAUGACUGCGACUGUAAGGAAAGGAAUAGCUCAGAGGACGGUCGUGAAAGACAGCCAACGUUCCAGUGAAAUUUUGUUUUUGUCUUUGAGACAGGGUUUAUCCGUGCAGCCCUGGCUGUCCUGGAAAUCACUCUGUAGAUCAGGCUGGCCUCAGACUCAGAAGAGUGCUGGGAUUAAAGGCAUGUGCCACCACUGCCCGGCCUCAACUGAGAUUUUUAAAACACAGUUAGGUACUUUAUUUAGUUUUUUAUAAUUCUCAGGCCCUCUCGCUGGGGAGGCAUGCUCAGUAAUUUCACUUCCCUCUUACAUGUCCAUUUAGCACAGGAUCGGGUUUGCCCGUAUUUCAUGCUAUGUUAUAUUGCUGCUGCUUUAUCCGGCUUUCCUGGCUUUGUCCAGUUACUCUCUAUUGUGUGGAAGUCUGUCCAUUUCCUGAUUAAAACGCUCAAAAUCUGGGAUGACUAAUUUGUAGAAAUGAAGCCUGAUCCUAAUUAGUCUAAUCAAUAGAAACCAGGAGUCAGAUAUCGGGGUAAUAACCUGAAAGAUCAGAGACGCAGAGGAGCAGCCACAGUGACUUCUUACCUCUACAAAUCCUCAGACCAAAUGGGCAGCCAAGACCCUGUCUCCACCCACCCCACAUUCCUGUCUCCACCUCCUGCUGCUGGGAUCAAAGGCACGCACCUCCACUGCCAUGCUCUGUUUCUCCUUUAGACUGGAUCGAUCUUGUGUAGCCCAGAGUGGCCCUGAACUCCUGAUCUUCCUGCUUCUUCCUCCCAAGUGCCGGGAUUAAAGAUGUGUGCCACCACUGCCUGACCUCUAUGGUUGACCAGUGGCUGGCUCUGCCCUCUGAUCUCCAGGCAAGCUUUAUUUGUCAAAACACAAACAAAAUAUCACACAACAUAGAAAGCUCACAUUAUAUUUGGAUUCACAUUUUCCUGAGAGACAGUGGAGUGGACAAAAUAAAUAAGAUCAUGAUAAAAAUGUAUGUACUGAAGUAAUAAUUUUAAAUAUUCUGUGGAUGGUAAUUAUUGGCAAAAAUCUAUCUAAAAUAAUAGAAUUGAAUCUAAGUUACGAUUUCAGAAAUCAAUUUAGGAAGUAAUUAUUAUCCCAUGUUACCUAUAAUUACAUUCACUGAAGUUUAUGGGGGGUGGGGGGUUAGUGUCUUUGCCCAGGAAUCUCAUGUUAGCAUUUUCACUCAUUUGAAAAGCACAACUGAAUGUUUAAAAAUAUUUAUUAACAAAGAGCAUUGACAAAAUGAUAUCUGGAUGAUCACUGAACUUGUAUAAAAACAGUUCUGAGCAAUGUUGUCAUUUGGCGUGCAGAUUCCUGACAGCCACUGAAAUCACAAUUGUUGUGGGAUUGUCACCAGCUAGUCUAAAAGAUUGUAUGAAAUCAUUUUUUUAAAUCUUCUCCAUACUGAGAACUGAAAGAUUUUUCAAAAUAAAGUAGUUUUUGGAAA